AUGGGGGAGAAUGGGUGCAGAAUUGGCCCAUUGACGUGGGACGCACUUGUGAAGCUCUAUGUAAAAGCCGGGGAAGUAGAAAAAGCAGAAUCAAUACUGCAGAAGGUUGUGCAGGGUAAGAAGGGGAGACCGCUUUAUGGCUCGUAUGUAACUAUUUUGGAAGAGUACGCUAAGAGGGGGGAUAUUCAUAACUCGGAAAAGAUAUUUCGAUGUAUGAAGAUGAUGGACUAUUUAGGAGGGAUGGCACAGUACAAGUUGUUGCUUGAGGCUUAUAAAAAAGCCGAGAAACCGGCAUAUGGAUUUAGAGAGAGGAUGAGGUCGGAUAAUAUGUACCCUGGCAAGCAAAUGCUGACACAGUUGGAAGAAGUUGACGCAUUUAAAAAGAGAUAUAUUUCAGAAUCGAUUGGCUGA